UCUAAAUUUCCUAAUAAAUGACCCGCAAAACCCAAACGGACCUCCAAUUGUAGUAAAUACCAAAUAGAUAGAGUUGGGGCGGUCGCUCCUCCACAGAGCAACCGUAGGAUGCUUCUCUCCCGUUCGAACCUUCCGCCGGCCCACAAUCGCUACAGCGGACUCCACACCAGAAGAGCCACUCCACCAGUCUCACUCUCUCAACGUCCUCUCAGAUUCGCAGUGCUCGGCGCUGGCUUCGCUGGCCUCUCCGUCGCUUGGCACUUGUUACAAGAAAGUCCGAGGGAUUUGGGGCUACGGAUAGACAUAUACGAUGAAGUUGGGAUCGGUGGAGGAGCUUCUGGAGUUUCCGGCGGACUACUCCACCCUUAUUCCCCCAAAGGUAAGCUGCUGACCUGGGGUGCCGAGUGUUGGAAAGAGAGUGUAAAGCUUUUGACCAUUGCGGAGGCAGCAGCUGGUCAAAAUUCUGACAGUUUCAUAGUUCGGAGAAGGGGCAUCUUGAGACCAGCAAUGAGCAUGAAGAAUUUUCUCAUAUUGAAUGAUAAUGCUCAGAAUUGCCUUGCCAGUUGCAGAAUAGAGACCAUUGACCAGGAUGCUGCUCAAAAUCUUGUACCCAAUUUGUGUGUUCCAUUCAACUCCGCCUUUUAUAUGCCUGAAGCUGUAAAUAUCCAUCCUCAACGCUAUCUCCAGGCACUCUUCGUAGCAUGUGAAAAUUUAGUGAAAGAAUUAUCAACUUCUGGCUUUGGAAGAAAAGAGUUAUGUUUGCGUAAGAAAUCUAUUCAUAAACUCCUUGACCUUGAAGGGGAAUAUGAUGGGGUAGUAGUCUGUCUAGGUGCCAAAGCAGAUUUACUUCCGGAGCUCUCAGGAAGGCUUCCUUUGAGGACUUGCAGGGGUGUCGUUGCUCACCUGCAGCUGCCUGCUGAUAUGGGAGAAGAUUAUCCAGACCAUGGCCCCUCAAUACUGUCGGAUGCGUGGCUUGCGUUCCAGGGCCCCCGCAGUCUAUACCUGGGCUCAACGUGGGAGUGGAAAUCAAGAAACUCCUCACCAAAUGUCUCAGCAGAUGAAUCCUCAAGUGUUCUUCAAGAGCUUCUGCCAAAGGCCUCUUCGGUUUAUCCAGGUAUAAAGGACUGGACUUUUACUGAUGCAAGAGCUGGUCUGAGGGCAAUGCCACCUCUCACUCCACAUGGAUCACUUCCGCUUUUGGGUUGUGUCAAUGAUGUUCUUGGUGGAAAUCUUACUUGUGAUUAUUGGUUAUUUGGAGGGCUUGGUUCAAGGGGACUUUUGUACCAUGGUUGGCUUGGAAAAUUGAUUGCACAGGCUAUGCUGUCCUCUAAUGAAGAAUUGAUUCCAUGUGAACUGACCUCUUGGAAGAAAAUAAAGCAAUGAUUCUUGAAA